AUGGUUCUCGACGCAAACAGUUUCGAGGUCGACUCCGAUUCUCAGUCGUACACAAACACAACCACCGAGGAGACGCCCGUGGAGGAGCGGUCCACAUUUAAUGCGGUUGACUAUCUCAUUGGCUCGCUCAAUAGCUCCCUGGACUCCGUGAAGCUGGACCGCUCGCUCAUGAUGCAAUCGCAGGUCUCAGGCACGAUAAAUAACACAAUGCAGGAACUGUUACGAACGAUGAACGAAGUGAGCGAAAAAUUAGAAAACCACAUCAAACGAUACGAGCAGCUGAAAACGCAGAUCAUCCCAGAGUUGAGCGCAAACCUGGCCAAGAACACCAAGCUGUGCAAUAAAUUAACAAAGAACAUGAAAGACACCUAUCCUGUGGAGUACUCCAAGAGCCGUGACAAGGUGCUCAAUCGCGUGACCGAGGAGGAAGAAGACCUCUACAUAUAA